AUGGAAUUUGACGCUUUCAUCAUAUAUAGUACACCAGACGAGGAGUGGGUUAAGAGAACUCUGCUUCCAAUUCUAGAAGAAAAGAAUGCUUUGAAGUGCUGUGUUCACUACAGAGAUUUCACUAUUGGAAAAUCUUUUAGGGAAAACAUGGCAGAAAGUGUUUACAAGAGCAGAAAAACCAUUGCAGUUGUAUCACACAGUUUCUUUAAAAGUAAAUAUUGCAAUCAUGAAAUGGAAAUCGCUCUCGGUCGUUUAGUCGAGAGAGGAGAUAACAGUGUGAUUGUCAUUAAACUCGAUGAUGUUGAUAGAAGGAAACUCCCUAAAGCACUUAAAGAGAGAAGCUAUAUCGAUUAUUUCAAGUCGAAUGACAAGGAAACAUGGGCGAAACAGCUGAUUCAAUCGUGUCAAGUCUCC